CUUCGUCCCCCUUCCUUUCUGCACAGGAGCAGUCAACGCAGUCAGAAUGAGUACAAGGGUAAGAAACAAGCACGUUUUGGCCGCCUUGCACAAGGCGCCACAUCUCUCCUUCGUCGCCACUCCUCGAUGAUGUAACACGCUGUGUGUUCAGCCGAAAGCCAAGCCCAAAGGCACGCCCAAAGCCUCUGUCAAGCUGACGGGAGGGGAAGCGGGCAGAGCGGCCAAGACGGCAAUCGGCAAGGCGACCAAGGCCAAGCGGCCCAAGGCGGCCUCCACCCCCGCCCCAGCAGCUGCCAUCAGAUUCCAGGAGUUGUCGAGGAGCCAGGGGCCGUCACCACGUGCAGCAGGGGGAGUGCCAGGUGCCUCCCCCCGGUCUGCACUGGCAGGGGCCUCGCCGCGGGCGGCCAGCUCUCCUCGGGUGGGCGGGUCUCUCAAAAAGGGCGUGACGAUUCAGGCACCCGAGGCGACGCCGGAUGAGGGCAUGACGAGGGACCAGAUGAAGAAGUACUUCCGCCGUAUCAGUGUGGUGCAGCGACGCAAGAGGGAGAUGGAGGACCAGCGAGUGCAGGCACUCAUCGUAAGCAGACAGAGAGAGAGAAAUGCACAUGCCACCCGACCCGCAUGUGUGUCUUGUCACGUCACACACGUGAUGUGGUAGGCGUGUGUCUGUGUUUCUUGGCACUAGGACAAGGCCGAGGCGAAGGAGCGUGAAACGGCCGAGCGUCUGAGGCGUCUGCAGGAGGAGAAGGAGCGGCGGGCGGCCGAAGUCGAUGCACAGAGACAAGAGGCCAUGGCGCGGGCGGCCGCACUUGCAGAAGAGAGACAGAGACAGGCCGAGGUACCAUCCAAGAGCGAACCAACAGACCGAGAGCCACUCUGGUUCGCUUCUUUCUCCUUGUCUGUUGUGUGGUGUGCAAUGCAGGCUCACAUGCAGAUCCGGCGUCACGAUCGUGAGUCUGCGGCUGCCCGCCGGAUGCGACUGAUCGAGGAGCACCGCCGGCGAAUGAGAGAGCUGGGUGACAACGCAGAGGGCCUCAGAAGGGCGAGAGAACUGGAAGAGGAAAGACUCAGACAACUCAUGGUCAGCCUACACACCAAGCACACAACAUACCAAAUCCGUCGCUCAGUGCUGCCGGCCGAUGUCGUUGCUGCAGGCCCACUUGGAGGACAAGCACGGGGCGGAGACUGUGGACGAGGGGGGCUACCCGGUGUCGCCCCAGGCUGCUGCCAAGGCCAGGGCGGCCCUGGUGCGGGAGACGCAGGCACGCGUCAACAACCUGUACUUGCAGGAGCAGAACGUCAGACGGGCCACCGUGUUCCUCGAGAUAGAGGGCAGACAACUCAUGGUAAAACAGAGAGGGGAGGGAGGCAUGCAUGUCGUCAGCGGGGUGUGGUUUCUUCACUUUGUCUUGACGUGCAUUAGGAGCGAUUGGCUCACGAGGAGAUGAUAGAGAAGCGUGCGUCGUCGAUGAUGAUGAUCAGCGAGGAGGGGGAGGAGGGAAUCGACCCGUUCAAAGAGGGCGCGCCGCCCAUAGAGCCGCCACCACUACACCCAUCCGUAUAACACACAAGACACGCACACGCAGAGAGAGAGAGAGAAAGAAGCCAUCCGCCCAGCUCUCCCCAUGUGUGGCCGUUGAUGCAGCUGCAGGCAGGUAUCCUUCACGAGCAGGCCCGUCAGACCAUGCUCGAGGAGCAGCGCCGCCAGAGCAUGAUGAUGAUGCCGCCACCAGACCCAAUGAUGCUCAUGCAACAGCAGCCAGCCCGUGCAAGCAUCAUGGUCCCACCACCACCACCACCCCAAUCAAUGCAGCUGUCGCCUGAGGAGACUGCUCGUCAGCAGGCGUUCCGUCACAGCGUCCACCCCUUAGCCAUGGCCGCGCGCCCGGGUGGCCCCCUGCUGUCAUCUGACGAGCGCAGUCUUGCACAGAUGAGGAGUUCCAGCCAGUCGCUUGAGCUGUCAAGCGAGAAGGCCUUCCAGCAGCAGCUGCUGGGAGUUCCGCCGGGAGGGCUGCAGGCUGUUCCCAGUGCGCUGCACGCGAUGCCGAGCGGCACGUCGAUUGGCCAGGGCACGGUCCUCACGGCGACGAGCGGGGGGAGCGACCAGAUGGCCGCCGGAGGUAGGUGUGCAGGGGAGAGGCACUCAACUACGUGUGGGAGUCAUGAUGUUGAUUGAUAUGUGUCUGGUAGGUGUGAGCAGGAGUGUGCCUCCUUUCCCAGUCGCCCCACCAACAGUCACAGGCCCAGACGGCAUCGCCGUCGUCCCUCCGCCUCCCGCCCCACUACAAGGCCAACCACCGCUCCCACCAGGGGUGUCUCCUGCAGCCAUGGCGGCCGGCCUCGUACCUCCACCACACGACCUGGCUGCAGCACGACAUGGGUCGCAGGCCAUUCCUGGGCUGGGGGGAGUCCCUCUGCUGUCGCCUGAGGAGAGAGGCCUCGCACACGCCCGCAGUGCCAGUCACAUGAUCGAGCUGGCCCCGUAUGGCAGGACAUAUCAGAGUCGAUUCGAGAUUCAGUCAGGUCAAGCCGGGCAGGCAGGGCCGCCGGCUGCUGGUGGCCUUACCCCACUUGCACCAGGGGCGGCGGGCCAGCAGAUGAUCUUCCCUCCGGCUGCUGGUAGGGCACAAACAGAGGGUGUGGUGUUUGGAAGGUGAGCUCAUUGCCGUGUCUGCCUUUUUUGGCAGGUGUCCUAGGUGUCCCAGGCGUCAUUCCAGGGGGCGUGGGUGAGGUCGUCCCUUCGGGCCCCGAGCUAUCCUUCCCCUCACCCACAGGGCCAGCCGGUGCAGUGAGCCAACAAAUCAUUCUGCCUGGUGGGGUGGGAGGGAAGUGAAACGAACACACCAGACCACACCCACAUGCGCCGCGCCGCGCCCUCAUUGCAAUGGCCGUGCCGUGUCUCUGUGUCUUUUGCAGGUAUAUCUCCAGUUGUGCAGGGGGCUGCUGCAGUCGAGCCAGAGCAGCCGGGUGUUGCUGCACUAGCCGGUGCAGCGGCUGGACCAGGUCAAGUGACCCAGCAGGUCCCUGUUGCUGGUAUGGACUUGGUUGAGACAGAAAUGUGCGUGCACAAAUGUAUGUGACCUCAUUGGUUUGUUGUGUCUCUAUCCUUUUUCCAGGUGUCCCUCCAGGUGUGAGCAAGAGCGUGCCUCCAGCCACCCAGCAAGAGCCCUCCCUUUCCUCCCCACCAGGAGGCAUCACAGCGGCAGGGCCAGUACCCGGUGUCGGCGCCCCCGGCAACCUCCCUCCCGCCCUCCAAGCCACCACACAGAUCCCCCUCCCCACAGCCACCGCUAUCGGCCCCUUCCCACCGGGCCAGCCAGCGGCACUCCCGCUCUCAGGACGUCCAGGUGCUGUGGUCGGCAAGUACCGUGCCGCGUCGCCUUUCCCAGCCGCCACAGGUCUCACCUACGAGCAGUGGGUGAAGCAGCUGGCCGGCCGAUACCCCGUGUACGAGUUCCGUUCGGCAACUCCUGGGCCACAGAUGAUGCGCUCCUCUCGUCCGACAGCCUCCAUGUCCUUCGAUCACCUGCCGGGGGUGCGUGCGGUGUCGGCCCGACCGAUGCGCAGAAGGGGCAGCUCGUCAUGCCUCGUCAAGAACAGCCCCUGCAGCUGCAAGUCCAAGGUGGCCAAGGGCAGCCGAGAGGCGACGAGAGCCGCUAUCCCCCAGCAGAUUGCCAUGGCGGCCCGGAAGGACCUGACGGACAGUGCGGUGAGUGAGUGGAUGAGUGACAAUGGCAUGACGGGCCCGGUGCCGAGGGAGGCGUUGGGUAAGGGGCUGGUGGUCAACAGGAAGAGCUGCUGCCGACAGAAAAAGUGAAAGGGGAAGCAUGGACUGACUGACUGGCGAAUGUGUUAAUGUAAUGGGUGCAGGGAGGGAGGGAGGGCGAGGCGAGGCAGCUGAGCUGCUGAUUAUUCGUGUCACUGAUUGAUUGCAUUACGCAGGGAGGGAGAAAGAUUGCCCAACCGGCGUGCGUCGUCCAUUGGUCCAUCGAUCCAUCUACCUAUCUAUUUUGCCGACUGAGAAAUGAAGUGGGCCGGGUCAGUCAGCUGUGGGGUGAAACUGAGUAGGGAUUCGCCUCCUUCAACUCAAUGCAUGUUCGUGUUUCU